GUCGCGCCGCGCUACUCUCCCACUCGGUCGUGCCUGUGUUACAGUGAAAUUAAAAAUAAAAAACCAGAAUAAAACAAGGUUAUAGAAGCUUGGAUGUGCUGGCUGGAACCCUUAAUUAUUUACUCACCAGCCAGCAUAUUCAGCUUCCAAGAUCAAGUGUUACAAACAGUGAAAUAAUGAGUUAACAAACAAAAACUCCCGACCAAAUGAAAUAACUCACGAACUCGACCAAAGUGACUAUUCCGAUGUAAAAAAACAACGAUUCGACAAUGAAACGAAGAAAGACAGAGUGAUAAUAAUGAUAGGACUUCCGUCUAACCUUUUAAGAUGUUAGACGUGUUUCGCGGCCUAAAGAAUCUCAUAAAAGUGAACUAUGUACAUAUCGACUCGCCAGUGUUUCGGCUGCAUUACUCUAUAACCGUGAUCUUACUUAUAUCUUUUAGUUUGAUAGUGACGACGAGACAAUACGUGGGUAACCCUAUAGACUGUAUACACACUAAGGAUAUUCCCGAGGACGUGUUGAACACGUACUGUUGGAUUCACUCGACGUAUACUUUGAAGAGUUUUUUCAAUAAGAAAGUUGGUGUUGAAGUUCCGUAUCCUGGGAUCGGGAACAGUCGGGAGAAAGGCCGGGAAGAUAUGAGCGACAGGAAGAUUUACAAAUACUACCAAUGGGUGUGUUUCUGCCUGUUUUUUCAGGCCAUGCUGUUCUACGCCCCGCGCUGGCUGUGGAAGUCCUGGGAGGGAGGCAAGAUCCGGGCUCUCAUGAUGGAUCUCGACGUCGGCGUCUGCACCGAGAUCGAAAAGAAGACCAAGAAGAAGCUCAUCCUCGAUUACCUGUGGGAGAACCUGCGGUACCACAACUGGUGGGCCUACCGGUACUACCUGUGCGAGGGGCUCGCUCUUGUCAAUGUUAUAGGGCAAAUGUUCCUGAUGAACCGCUUCUUCGAUGGCGAGUUCAUGGCCUUCGGCCUCAACGUCAUCGAAUACAUGGAGUCCGAUCAGGAGGACCGCGUGGACCCCAUGAUCUAUGUGUUCCCGAGGAUGGUAAAGUGCACGCUGUUCAACAAGUUCGGCUCCUCGGGCGAGGUGGAGCGUCACGACGCGCUCUGCAUCCUGCCGCUCAACGUCGUCAACGAGAAGAUCUACGUCUUCCUCUGGUUCUGGUUCGUCAUCCUCGGCCUGCUCACCUUCAUCACCCUCCUCUACCGCCUCGUCAUCAUCUUCUCUCCGCGCAUGCGCGUCUACAUGAUGCGCAUGCGCUUCCGCCUCGUCCGCCGCGACAACGUCGACACCAUCGUCCGGCGCUCCAAGAUGGGCGACUGGUAUCUCCUCUACAUCUUAGGAGAGAAUCUAGACUCGGUCAUCUUCAGGGACAUCAUGCACGAGUUCGCUAACAAGCUGAACCACAACUAUCAGCACCACAUCCACGGAGUCCCCGACGCGUGACCGCCGAUACCAGGGUGGGUCUUCCACACCUGACUAACGUCGCUGCAGAGGGACAUGGAGCCCCCUGUGUAAGACUUUGAAGUGAAAGUGAUCUCACGGUACUGGCCUAAUAGUGUAGACUAGGACCCUAUAGCUUACCGUCUUCGAAUCGCUGACGUACUUAGUAGUGAACCGACAAUAUGAUUUAAUGGAUCCCCUGGAUCCUCGACGCCGCCGGAGUGACAAGGACAGUUGUAUACGUGUGUGAGAGACGCGGGAAGUGUCAGUUCGUGGCGGCUCGUUUAAUGUAGUUUUGAGUCCGGGUUGGAAACGUUGAGCGCUUUAGUCCUGUCAUGAACAUCUAGUUUCUCAGGUUCUAAAUCAACUUUCAUGAGUAGCCCUCGCGGCUCUCCCCGCAUGGACCAUGGCAUUGUCAUCAUUCGUUACUAAAAGGCAGCUACUUAAUUUAAAAAUUUUGGCCAAAGCCAUCUCUUACAUGUAGAAGUGUAAAUAAAGUUAGCUGUGUUUUAGUAAAGGGACCUUUAACUAAGCUUUUUUGUAUUGUAGCUACUCUUAAGCACUUUUCAAGCUUCUUUACAGACCAAUGGAAAGCCGUUUGAAGGAUCCAAUAUGUAGUUUAUAAGUAGUUCGGAUUAUUAAAGUGAAUUAUUUUGCAACGAGGCAAAGUCCGAUGCAUGUGCUUGGCAUGCCACGGGUUCCUCUGUUGUGUGGCAAAGCCGAAUGUGUACGAGUAUAUCGAUUCUAAAUUAGAGUAAAAUUGUUAUUUGUUAUUGGGUAUGACUUUGGGGGGAACUAAACUGAAUCGUUUAAAGUAACAACUGAUCGUUAUCAGGUUUCUGAAUAAAGUACUUUAAGAAGAAGAGUGAGUGAGUGUGCGCUUAAUAUGUGCACGCUUACAAAUAAAUCAGUAAAUAAUUAAAAAUGUAUAGUUAGGAAAAUAAUUCGGUUCUUAGUUCACCCCAAAGUCUUCAAUUCGUUGGUUGAAAGGAUUUUGUCUCGCUGUAAAAACGUUAGAUUUUACGUCCUGGACGAAAACGGAGCAAAAGACAAAAAAAAUACAGUUUAUGGUGCUGCUUUGGACUUUUUGAAAUAUUAGUGAUUAGACUAUUUAAAUAAUCCAUUUAUGGAGAAAUCUGGAAAACGCUUACGAAUGGAACUUGAAUACUAAGUAAAUACUAUUAUUUAGCGGUCGAUCUCAGACGGUUUAAAACGCAAAAUAACUUAUACUUCAAGUAUACUUUAUCGCUAUUAAGUCUACAUCUCAAACGGUCUGAAACGCAAAAUGCCUACAAUAUAUUUCCGUUUUCUGUUAACUUUAAUGAGACAUCGACGGAGCUCCGCUUCCGCGGGGCUCCUAUUCUGUGCAGAUUAGCCUUCGGCCUUGUGAAGAUACCUACCGAAACUAUUAAGUUUAUAUUACAUCAGUAGUCAUUCGGAUUCGAAUCCCGGUAAGGGCAUUUAUUUGUGUGAUGAGCACAGAUAUUUGUUCCUUAGUCAUGGAUGUUUUCUAUGUAUUUAAAUAUGUAUUUAUCUAUAUAAGUAUGUAUAUAUUGUAUA